UGCCCAGGGUGUCCCUACAGCCAGUUGCCACUUCUCUGGGAGCCACAGUAGCUCCUGACCUGCUGUCCGCAAAUAACCCCAGGCCAGGAAAGGCAAAAGGCGCUUGGGCUCCGUGGCUUCUGUCCAGGCUCCAGGUAGGGGCCCAGCUGGUGGCUGCCUCCCGCCCUUCUCCCCUCCACCCGCCCGCCUGGGAACCUGAGACAGGAGCAGCAGCCUCGGCGUCUGUCAGUCUAUCAGCUGCUGGUCCCUGAGGACAGAAGCAGAGGUCUCGGGGAAGGGACCAGGGCCUUGAUCGAGACCCCAGGACUGGCUCCUGGGUACCAGACAAGUGUGUGUCUACACCAUUGUGCUCUGUUCACCGUGCCUCCUGCAUGUCCUGCUGCCCUGAGCUGUCCCAAGCUAGGUGACAGCGUGUCACGCUGCCACCAUGAACGAGGUGUCUGUCAUCAAAGAAGGCUGGCUCCACAAGCGUGGUGAAUACAUCAAGACCUGGAGGCCCCGGUACUUCCUGCUGAAGAGUGAUGGCUCCUUCAUUGGCUAUAAGGAGCGUCCCGAAGCACCUGACCAGACCCUGCCCCCCCUGAACAACUUCUCUGUUGCAGAAUGCCAGCUGAUGAAGACUGAGAGACCACGGCCCAACACGUUUGUCAUACGCUGCCUGCAGUGGACCACAGUCAUCGAGAGGACCUUCCACGUGGACUCUCCAGAUGAGAGGGAGGAGUGGAUGCAGGCCAUCCAGAUGGUCGCCAACAGCCUCAAGCAGCGGGGCCUGGGUGAGGACCCCAUGGACUACAAGUGUGGCUCCCCUAGUGACUCUUCGGCAGCUGAGGAGAUGGAAGUGUCUGUUAGCAAGGCACGGGCCAAGGUGACCAUGAAUGACUUUGACUAUCUCAAGCUCCUCGGCAAGGGCACCUUUGGCAAAGUCAUCCUGGUGCGGGAGAAGGCCACCGGCCGCUACUAUGCCAUGAAGAUCCUGCGGAAGGAGGUGAUCAUCGCCAAGGAUGAAGUCGCCCACACAGUCACCGAGAGCCGGGUCCUCCAGAACACCAGGCACCCAUUCCUCACCGCGCUGAAGUAUGCCUUCCAGACCCACGACCGCCUGUGCUUUGUGAUGGAGUAUGCCAAUGGUGGGGAGCUGUUCUUCCACCUGUCCCGGGAGCGGGUGUUCACAGAAGAGAGGGCCCGUUUCUAUGGCGCAGAGAUCGUCUCGGCCCUGGAGUACCUGCACUCAAGGGACGUGGUGUACCGCGACAUCAAGCUGGAAAACCUCAUGCUGGACAAAGAUGGCCACAUCAAGAUCACUGACUUUGGCCUGUGCAAAGAGGGCAUCAGUGACGGGGCCACCAUGAAAACCUUCUGUGGGACCCCCGAGUAUCUGGCGCCUGAGGUGCUGGAGGACAACGACUACGGCCGAGCCGUGGACUGGUGGGGGCUGGGCGUGGUCAUGUACGAGAUGAUGUGCGGCCGCCUGCCCUUCUACAACCAGGACCACGAGCGCCUCUUCGAACUCAUCCUCAUGGAGGAGAUCCGCUUCCCACGCACGCUCAGCCCCGAGGCCAAGUCCCUGCUUGCUGGGCUGCUUAAGAAGGACCCCAAGCAGAGGCUCGGCGGGGGGCCCAGUGAUGCCAAGGAGGUCAUGGAGCACAGGUUCUUCCUCAGCAUCAACUGGCAGGACGUGGUACAGAAGAAGCUCCCGCCGCCCUUCAAACCUCAGGUCACGUCUGAGGUUGACACAAGGUACUUCGACGACGAGUUCACUGCCCAGUCCAUCACCAUCACACCCCCGGACCGCUAUGACAGCUUGGGCUCGCUCGACCUGGACCAGCGGACUCACUUCCCCCAGUUCUCCUACUCGGCCAGCAUCCGAGAGUGAGCAGCGACGCCCAUGCACCCGCUGCCGCUACCACGGGACACUCAUGGCUGCCAUCACCGCCCGGGGGGACUUUGUCCUUUUUUUUUAACUGUUUAUUUUGCCUUUUUUGUUUGCAUCUCCUUCCCUUAUCCCUGCAACCCAUUUCCAGUUUUUUUCUUCAGUCCUCUGCCAAACUCCCCUCAGCGGACCCAGCGGCCCUGUUGCCAGAGUCCUGGCCUGCUCUCACCUUCGUGCCCAGAUCAGGACUGGGGAGACUCCCUGGCCUGCCCCAGGACCAAGCCUUUGGGCAGUUGGGAAGAUUUUGGUUUUUAAUCAACAAGCCUCAGUGGGGAGCAAAGGUGGAGUUGGGGACCUGCCUGAAUUUCUAGCCAGGUGCCCACAGCUACCUGCCUCUGCACUGUGCCGCCCCCAGAGAGUGGACAGCACCUGGGGUUCCUUCCAUACCUGUCAUCAGGCUCCAAGUGGCCUGGCAAGGGGACAGUCCAGCCCCCUCCUCACACAGGGGCAGAAAAGCAAUAAUGUCCAGGGCCAGGCGGGGCCGUGGGAGCUGUGGGAGCAGAGGUUAGAGCUCCCUCAAGAGGCUGGGGUCAGUUACCUGGUGGGGAACCUGGAGGGGCCAAGGGAUAGGUACUGCCUCCCUGUGCCCCAUGCUGCUCUCCUUACCCUGUGGAUGAGGCAGGAGGAACAUUUCUGGGGCUAGCCUCCCUGCCCCCUAGCCCGGUGCCUUACCAGGGCUUCCUUCCAGCUGACCAUACCACCCGCUGGGCACUGGGCCCUGGGCCUGGCCCUGGUCCCCCCCAGGAUGGGGGCUGGGAUUGCCCCUUCUCUCUGCCUGGGGCCAAGGGGCCCCAGCCUCGGCUGUUACACAUCUUGCACCGAGACAGUGUUGGGCCCCAAGGACUUGGGUUGAGGAGGGGGUGCGGAUGGGUGUCUGGUACAUACUGGGGUGGGGACCUCUGCGAAGAGAGGCUUCAGGCCACCACCCCCUCUUUCCCAGCCCCAUGUUCUGCAGCCUUAAGGUGAGUGUGUCGGUGCUGUGGGCACUCGAGUGCGUGUGUGCCUUGGACUGUGUGUGGGCGUCCUUGUGCAUCUGACACAGAUGCGCCAGGUUAUGUGUGUGUACGUACGUGUGUUGGGUAUGUGUGGGGGGGGCAUGUCCAGGCCUCGUGUGUGUGGUGUGUGUGUGGUGUGUGUGUGGGCUUGGGCCCCUGGCCCUGACCCUAGCCUUUCAUCCCUGGGGGAGGGGUGCUGGCCUAGCCAGGGGCCACACCUGAGGUCCACUUGCUGCCUGUUCCCCCGCCCUCCCCACCAACAUCUCUGGGUAUUUGGAAUGUAGUUUGUGGUUUUGAUAGCCUCACCCCCCUCCUGUAGGUAGUUCACAGAGAGACAUCUGGGGUGGGGUGGGCUGGGGUGGGGUUGGUUUGGGGAGGGUGGGAGAUCUCUUCCUUUUUGUGUGUGUAUGUCAUUUAUCUGAUAGUUCUCUUCCCAACCACCCCUUCCCCGUUCCUCAUAUUUGUACGGUACAAGCAAUAAAGACUCGUUUCAGACCAGGCCCACCACCCAGGGCCUUUCCUUGCUUAUGGAGUCCAGCCCCAGGUACAGGUACCUGCCGCCUCCUGGUCCUGUUGCUCUGUUAGGUAGGGCCUUUCAAGUUGUUGAGGCCGAGAAGCCUUCUUAGGUGGCGGUGUUGUCAAGCUCAGGCUAGAGAAGGGGGGUGCCUGGGGGUGGAAGCUGCUGAAGAGUUUGGGAAACUCCCCAGGCCUGUGUUGAGGGUGGACUCAGUGGACAGAGACCAUUCCAGGCCCUCAGAAGCUGCUUAGAUAAAAGGGGUGCAGUGGACGGUCAGGGGUGGCGGGGUUGGGUGGCAGGGUGGGGGUGUGAGGGUAAGCACAUUCAUUUUCCAUGGUGCUUGAGCCCUAGAGCAGGCAUUGCCUGCUCACCCCCCACCCAUUUAUGCUAAACUGGGGAGCGCCCCCAUACCCAUACAGAUUCCUUGGUGUGUCAGUGGGAUUUGUGGCUGUCAGCUGGGAACACCUCAGGUUGGGUCGCAGCCUUCACAGCUCUGGGAGCCCUCUGGCAGGCUGUUCCCUUGCUUGAAUUACUCCUCCCGGACCUGGGGACCAAGGCUGCUGCUGCACACCAGUGCAUUUAGUACCCGAUUUUGCCAGAAGCCAAGGCAUGGAGUUUUUGAGAUCUUCAGUGAUGGUAGCAGAGAAGUUGAAUCCAGUUCAUAAACACCUGUGUUACCUGCAGCCAAGACUUAAGGAAUUCUGAUUUUUUUUCCCUAACUUCAUGUGGACAUUGUUAUUUCUUAAUUACAAAAGUAGGUUCUGGUUAUAAUCAGAAAAACAGCAGAGAGGCCUGUAAGGGAAAGCCUUUCCACUCUCGCCUCUAGGUGCAGCCCACGGGCUGCAGCCCGCGUUCCCGAUGGGCUCCUGCAGGUGAGCCACCUGCUUCCCCGUCGGACACUAUGUCCGUUUUGCAGUGGUGAUUCUUACUUCUGUUGAACUUUUCCCAGAGUUUUAGGUGGAAGAGUUUUAAUAAAUUUUACCAA